AUGAAUUGGUAUUUUACUGAUCAAGAAUUGGCUUUGCUUCCAUCACUUCAGGGAGAGAAUAAAAUAACGAGGGAGAGUGAAGCUGAAUAUAGAAGAUCAACAGCAUCGUUUAUUCAACAAGCUGGUAUUCAUUUGAAAGUAUUUUAUGCUAAAUAUGAAUUUCAAAAACAUGAUAGAUUUACGGUUGCUAUUGCUUGUCUGUUUUUAGCAGGUAAAGUGGAAGAAACACCAAAGAAAUUAAAGAAUAUUAUCGAUUCUAGUGAUGCUGUACGAAAGAGUAAACAAUCAACUAAGGAAAUGGAAAAAUUAAUUGAGGAUGUUAUUGAAAAGGAAAAAUUAUUAUUGAAAUUAUUGAAUUUUGAUUUUAAAAUUGAACAUCCAUAUAAAUCAGUCAUGCAUUAUAUUUACAAUUUAAAGAAAGAUGACAAGUAUAAAGAUAAGGUUAAAGAGUUGGCACAAUAUGCUUGGAAUUUUGUGAACGAUAGUUUCCAAACUCUCUUGUGUUUGCAAUAUCCUCCAAGAAAGAUUGCUGCUGCCUGUAUUUACUUAUCAACAAAUCAAUAUAUCAAUAUACAAUUACCUGAUGGAUGGGAACAAUCAGAUGUCUUUAAAACUACACACGCCGAAAAUGAAAAGAUUUCAAAAAUAAUUUCAGCUCUCUACCCUCAACAACCAAAGAAGAAAUUACCAUUUGAGGUUAUUGACAACAACACAAGUGGAUCAGCUAGUAGUUCAAGCAAUGUUCAAGAACAACCAAGCACAACAGAAAAUCCUUCCUCCUCAACAUUACAAGACACUCAGGACUCGAUAAUGAAAGGAAAUUCAGAAUCUGCCACUGAGUUUUAAAGCACAAACAAUGUCAAUAAAUAAUUUAACCUCUU